UAAUUUGCGAAUAGCUCUUUUCCAUUUAGAGAACAAUGAAAAGUUAAUAAUACAAAGCAAAAAAAGCUAAAAAUACUGAAACCACAGAAAGUGUAAUUCGUGGUUGUGUUUGCUCAAUGAUGUGUUCCUUUUAUUAUUUUGCUUGUCAUAAGUGAGUGCCUUGUAAACAUCUUUCGUUCAUUCAAACAUACAAGGUAAACACACGACUGGGCCGUCCUAUUUUUCAAAACAAAAAAAAAAGUUGUGUUACUACCACCUCUUUAACAAAAUGUCUUCGAUGGGAGUUGCAUAUACUAGCUAGAAAUGGUUCUCUAUGCUAUGGACAUUUUAUCUUUUAUUGCCCGCACUUCUCUCCACUGCAUACUCUCCUGUAUAUAUACAUAUGAAACUAAACAUCUACAUCUGUAAACAUUUACAAACAUAUACGUAUUAUUCUAGAAAGUAUGGUAUGUUCAUUUUAAGCCAGCGGUACUAGAUGUGACAUUCUCUCAAGAAUAGCUUCAGAUGUUUUUUUUUUUUUUUUGUUUAUUUGCAAAAUAAAGUACGUUACUUGCACUGUAUAGUCUUACAUUACAGCCUCCAAAAUUUCUAUACCCCUUGUUGCACGAUGUGCCUGCCUCUGCCUGCCUUGUGCAUAAGGAAACAAAGCAUGAAACAAGGCUUUUUAGACUCUCCAAUUUACCUCUCCUUUCCUCUGGACACAAUGGCUGGACAAUUGCAAGGCUGAAUUGUACCUCCUUGUUCAACCAGCCAUAUUCGAACGAGAACCAGCAUCUACCUAUGGCAAUCAACAAAGAAUUGCGAAACAAUUAUCUUUCAAUUGUCUCUUUACAGCCUCUCCUUUCACUAUGUGGCCUCAUUGUUGCAGUAGGGACAAUGAGAUUCUUUGUCUGGUAAACAAUAGGACUUACUAUUGUGUCGUCAUGUCACUUUCUUCAAUGGUGUUUUGAACAAGCAUUUCUCUAUUGUUAUCAUACUGAAAUGUACUAUUUUGCAUGGGAUAAUGAAGAAUAUAUCUUCAAUGGGCAUUCUUUAUACCAGCCCUUCAUUGUUUAAUUGUUAUUAAUACAGGGACUGGAUGGAACUGUAAAUUGUAUGACCUUGUUGCUUUGAAGUUUUCUUAAUCUUUUUGUAAGUUUGAAUCGCUAUGAAUUCACGCAAUCCUUGUUGAACAGCUACUUGUUUUGUCUUUUGGAUAGCAAAUGUGAUAAUUGGAAAAAAAACUUAAUUUAAUAUGAAUUUGACCUUUCAAAUUUUGCUCUUGUCAUUUUUGCUGUGUUCAGUGCACUGCCUCCCUACCUAUCCUCCUUGCUCAAUCUAUUCCCUUUCUCCUCCAGAUAACAAUAAUUCUUCAGACUCAAAUCGCCAAACGAGUUUCAAUUCUUCUUCAAAAGCUACGAAUCCUGACUUGGUCAAGUCUCUUCCCGAUUAUGCUGGUUCCCUUCCAGAAAUGUAUUCUGGGUAUCUCGCCGCCGAAAAUUUUAAACAGGUUUUCUAUACUUUUGCGCCAGCUACCACACCCACUGAUAAAUUCAUAGUUUGGCUUCAGGGAGGACCGGGCUGUGCUGGAACUUUGGGUCUUUUUAGCGAAAAUGGACCUAUCAUUAUCGAUCCAUACCAUCCUACUCCCCAAGACAAUCCCAAUUCAUGGACAAAAUUUGCCAAUAUGCUGUGGGUUGAUCAACCUUUUGGAACCGGAUAUUCCCAAGGCGAGGAGCCUAUAGCUUCUACAGUGGCUAUUGCUACUAGCGAUUUUAUGCAAACGCUAAAGUCAUUCUACGCAAAGUUCCCUGAGAUGAAAGAAAAAGAGAUAUAUCUUGUGGGUGAAAGUUAUGGAAGCGUUUGGGGUGCUUACUUUGCUCAAGCUCUUAUUUCCGACCCAGAGCUACAUACAAUUCCUUUUGGAGGUCUUGGCAUAAUCAGUGGUUUAGUAAGUGACUAUGAAACUCAAAAUGUUAUUACUGCUUCCAUGUGGUUAGAUCACGUUAAUAAAUUGGGUCUUUACUACUCAAACGACACAAGUGACAUCUCCCGCUAUUUUGGAAUUAGAAACCAACAAUGCGGUUAUGCACAGGUCAUGGAAAGAAUGCAGUUCCCCGUUCAACAAUCCCCGAUUCCUAAACCCCAGGUUAAUUUAUCUAGCUCUUUUCAAAAGCGUCAAGCAGAUUCGGAACUCGAUCAAAUACAGGAAGCUUUCCAAGUGAUUACCGACUGUGAUACGUAUACGAUCACUGACUUUUUGUUAUACUUGAAAAAUCAUUGCAUGAUUUCUUAUGAUAUUACCCUUGAUUGCAGUUUUGACAGCAACAGUGAUCCUCUAACAACUUACCUAAACCGAAAGGAUGUUCAGCAGCAAUUGCAUGCGACUCGUGCCAAAUCUGAUCUAGUGUCUUCGAAGGGGGUAUUUGGAAACGGUUGCAAUUACGAUGUUUAUGGAGAGAUUGUUAAACAUGGCUCUCGUUCUAUUUUAGAUGAGGUUGUUCCUGAAUUGGUUAAAAAUAAGAAAGUCUCAUUUUUAGCCGGAGCACUGGAUUUUCAAAUUCUUUGGACUGGUUCUUUGUUGGCAUUACAAAAUACAACUUGGAAUGGAUGGCAAGGAUUCCAGGAAGCACCAGAUCAAAAUGCACCGUCCGGAUUUACAUUAAAUGAGCGAAAUUUGGCUUUUACAUUGUCAAACAAUGUGGGUCAUAUGGCUCCAAGCAAAGAUCCGGUUAUGGUCAUUGACUGGAUCCAAAAAACAUUGCUUGAUUGAAUUCUGUCGGGUAACAGGGACUAAAACGCUGUAAAACUAUUAUGUAUAAAUUAUUGUUAAAGCUGUUCCAAGGGUUUUAAUUUUACCAGACCGGUUCAGUUUUUUAAUUUCUCCUGAUGAUUGUGAUUAAACGUUAUGAAUAAUGUCUAUUUAAACAUUGUUGUUUGAAUAAUUUUUUAAUGAAGAAGUUUGGUUACACAUGAGACAGUUGGUAUCAUAUUAUUCCCAGUCAAGUAGAAAAGGUUUAUCAAUUAUUAGGAAG